UGUUAUACGUUUUAGUUUUACGAGGUAAUGUGUCCUGCAAUGCGGUUGUUAGUUAUUAUGAUAAUACUCCAAACAUCCGAGAUAAUGUGUAAACGAAAAUACCGAAGCUCAUCAUCAGAAGAGAGUAUUGAAAACGUGCUUUACUACCAGGACUGUAAACACAAACGUGAACAACCAGAGCCAGAGAAACUGCGCGCCAGUGAAGCUCCACCACCAAAACCUCAGGAAUGUAAAAUGUCUUGCAGAAUGUGCUGCGGAGAAGAGUGCCAACAAACAUUCGUCGGAAAGACUGCGCCGAACAAAUUCCAACAGGCUGCCUUCCUCCCGAAACCACCAUCUAUCAAACCAAAAACACCCCCAAGGCUUCCAGUAAAAUCAGAGGAUACGACUAAUAACUUUGAUAUACAACAUGCUUUUCUUGGUCGCAGAGAUUUGAGCCUUACUAAAGAAAAUAUAAAGAAUCUUAUAUCUCAGGAUGCUGAUAUUCGGAAAAUUUUGAGAGACCUUGUCAGGGUGACUAUGCAGAAAGCAGAUUUAAUGCAGAUGUUGAGCGCAAGACGGAACAUUGAAAAAGAGAAGUCUGUGAAUGAUGAUAACGAUUUGUGAAUUGGACCAAUUGUGACUUAUACACCUUCCACACCUACAUUUAUAAAGUGCUGUUUAUUUAUUCUUUAUUUCUCAUCAGGUGGUCUGCGAAAACUACUGGUUUUUAAAUAUACUUAUGAUUUAGAAUAGAAGUAAACAUUUAAGUAGGCCUUUUGCGCAAUGUUUUUCACUAUUUUAAUGAAAGUAUCUAUUCCAUAAUGAGAUCUCAUAAUAAUGGUGACGUGAAAAAUAAAAUGUAUAUUAUAUAUUAUUCUACAGUCUUUAGUACCUGCUAAAUUAGCUUUUAGAAUAAUUAGCAGUUCAAUUAAAAAAUAGGGUUCAAUCUGAAUAUUUUAAAUAUUAUUACAGUAAAAGUUCUUGCUACAAUUAUCAUGAAUUAUUCUCAAAAUGCUGAUGAUGUCCUCAGAGAUACGAAAUAUUAACAAUAUAAUGCAAAUUUGUGGAAAAUUCAGCGAAUAAUUUCGCUGAAAAGUAAAAGCACGGUAACAAACUUUACAAUUCAGUUACAAAUUAUUGUACGUAGUUGUAAAAAUAUUGAAGUUGGACUAACUCAAUCAUCUCUUUUUAUAUACGUAAUAUCAUAGGACUGUUUGUGAAUAUAGAUAUAAAAGCGAAACUUCCGAAUCAGGUAAUAUAUGGUUUCAAUUUAUUAAUCACGUCAAAAUGAUUCUUAGAAAUUUAUUUAUUAUCAGAUCAAAUGCGAGAUUCUUUAUAAAUUUUUCUCAAAAUGAAUCACUUUUCACGUGCAGGUGGCAGACCAAUUACUUAAAAAUACAACUUAGUAUAUUUUAUUUGAGGGAUGGCAUUAUGCACACCGUAGUAGCACAUUUUACUAACUUUUUAUUAUAGAACUAAAAUAUUUAUGUAAAGAAAGAUUUGGUAAUCGUUUUCACAGACAAGGUUCUUUCCCUGUUCCAACGAUUGGGGUUUAAAGUCACGCUACUCUUGUCUACGUUGUUGUUCUUAGUUUAUUGAACUAUUUAUUAUUUUUUAAUGCAUACGUAGAACAUUCUAUGAAAUUGAGAAUGCAAAUAUUGCCGGUUAUAUGUUAAUUCACCCGGUACUAAAACCGACUGCAUUGAAAUAUUAAGAUCUUUAUUAUGUAAGUUGAAUAAUAGAAGUUAAUAACGUAUCUAUAUAAAGUAUUAUCACAUCUUUGUAUAGCUAUUUCCAUAAUUCUCUUUUUUUUUAUAAUAGACAUACAAUUAAGUCAUUAUUAAUAAUAUAAUAAUAAAAUAAAAAAAUUAGUGACACUCCUAAUGUCAAUACUAGAAAUAGGGAUAGGCUUGCUGUUCAUGUAAGUCGACUUCAAAAAGUCACAAAUUCAUUCAGAGGUGUGUGUAUACGUUUUUGUAAUAAGGUCCCUAUUGACAUUCAGAACUUACCUUUAAAUUAAUAUAAAUCAGUGCUAAAAAAAAGUAGUAUACAAAAGGGUACUAUAAAAUGUCUGAAUAUCUGGAUCUAAAUAACCCUUGGGACUGAGCUGCUGGGCUGUUACAUGUCUGUCUUAGUUUGAUAAAUGUCAUUAUAGUUAUAUAAUUUAAAUAUUAAUAUUGUUUCUGUUUUUUUAAUAAAUUUUAAUAAGAAUAAUAAUAAUAAUUAUGAGUUAUGGAAUUUGAAACACAAUUGUAAGUAGAGGCAUUUAGUGAGUAUUGCAUAAUAUGUAGAUGAACUUGAAUUGUUUUGUUAUUCGGUAGAUUUCUCGUGACAGGUAUCGUCAUGCUCGCUUAAACGCCUCUGCUUGUGAGGGAUAAUAUGGUCGAGGGAGGCGAUGGUUGGUCCAUGCGUCAUGCUCGUGAACGGGUGCUACUCGUGGUGGCUGGAUGAUCUUAUUACCGGGAGGUCUGCGUGAUGUGUUUUUUAUUACUAUUAUUUCCUUUAAAGUCAUUAUAUAUUUUAUUUUAUGAAAUGCUCACAUAAUGCCUCUAUUUAUUUACGGUAUGUGUGGAUUGAUGCAUCUACUAUACUCAAUAACUCUUGUGUUUAUAAGUAUUAAUUUACUUUUUUUUUCUUUUUUUGACUUACUCGUGUAAGCCUUUCAGUUUUUGACAUUUGAGUAUUUUUGUUGCGUCACUUUGCAUAUAUUGUAAUUGAAAUGAUUUGUAAAACAAUAAAAUGUAAAUCUUGACUUAAAAGAGUGGCAAUGAGUUUCUUGCUACUUCUUCUCAUUAGCUCAACCCUUAACGAAGUAACGGUAAAUUCAAUAAGAAACAAUAAACAAAUUAUUGAAAGACCAAACAGUUUUGGUAGUUUGCAUCGCCGUUUCUCACAAAUUUUGUUACACAGCUAUUUUAUUUGUUCUGCAUUUAAAGAACCAGUAACAUUAGCGCUAUGGUCGAGAUAUUGAAUUAUGAUCACCCUCAUACUAUCCCAGAAAAGAGAGCCCAUGAUCUUUCUAGUCAAACGACUUGUCUUAAAUUUCUUAGAGGUUAAAGAGAAUGGUCUCUUCCACGUAGUAGUUUUGAGUCUGUAUUAUAAUGUUUAAGUUUCAUCAAUCACUUUAUUCACGUUUCAUGUAUUAUUAUAAGCUAAGAAAUAUUUAGGAGCCUGAUGUAGCAGUUCCAAAGAGGCUCGAGAAAUGUUCAUUCCCAGUUGAACUCCUCAGAAGAUGAGCGCGCGGUAACGUUUUUCAUUCCUAAUAAAAUGCUGUGCCCACUACCAAAAUCUUUGUUUUUUCGGUUAUAAAAAGUACUGUGACACGAUGAUCUGCUAAUACAAUUUUUCAAAUUUUUUCACCAUUUGUUUAGCCACUACCAUUAUUUGUUGACCCAUCUCGGGUCACCCCUGGUGGAUAUUGUUCCACGUUUAAAUUUAGAACACUAACGCGCAACUGUAUUAUUAUUAUAUUUGAACCUUAAGUAACCUGUAA